GGUUAAUAUCACCCUAAAAGUGGUGAAUUCUUUAGCGAAACAACCUCGGAAACAACCCGGCAUAGAACAUAACCUCAAAACAAAUUCAAUCAGGAAGUAAACAGGCUCAAAAAACAAUAAGCAAUGUUAUCUUGCUACUCAAUAGCUGUGUUACGUCAAUGCAGUCGACACCUUACUGUCACUAUUAAAAGUCUGGAAGCAUCUCUGACCAUUCCCAGAAUAGGCCAAUGCUCAAAAUUCGCCAGCAACAUCGUCGCCCAAAAAAAAGAAUUUGAUUACAGUUUGGGCGUUCGAUUACAAGCCGUUGAAACAAAGAGCACAGAAUCUGAUUCAAGAGCAGAUCAAAGAAUAGUGGAAAACGAUGAGUACGACCAGGAAAUUAUUGACAUCGAUCUCGCGAUGGAGAAGCUUAAAAAAGAUCGUCCAGGUCCCCUUGACCCCUGCGAUUCUGACCUUUCGCACAUCGUUCCAGAUUUCCCAGCGUCUUUUAAUUUUGCGGCAUACGCAAACGAGUCGCCAAUGAUACAAAAGCUUGCGCAGCUCGGAGUGAACUUUGCCAAGAUCGAGAAACGUAAGGGUUUGAUGAAGUUUCUGCUGCCUUUGGACUUUGAGAAGGACAUGAAAUACCACAUAACAUUUUUAACCGACUGUGGAGUCCCCACCGAUUACCUCGGCGAAUUUAUCACCAAGAAUCCAUUAAUAUUCAAAGAGCAGUUGGACGAUCUUUACACCAGGAUACGAUACCUUAGUGCUCACAAUUUCAAACCAGAUAUGAUCACUCGAAUUGUUAUGAAAAAUCCCUAUUGGGUAAUGUUCAGCACUAAGAGAAUCGACACCAGGCUUGGAUAUUUCCAAGAAACAUUCGGUCUCAGUGGCAAUGAAGUCAGGAACCUCGCCACCAGACUGCCCAAACUCAUUACCUACAACAUGAAUCACAUUCAUGUCAAUACUUUUGCUGUUAAGGAGGAAAUGGGAUUUGAUAAUCGUCAGACCAAGAUUCUUAUAUGCAAUUAUCCAGGCAUUUGGACAAAAAACCGUUCAUUCGUCGUCCAGGUUUUUGACUAUGUGCACAACACAAUGAAACUAUCGCACGAUGCCAUAACACAGCAGCCACUAAUAUUGACGUGUAGAUUGCACAGAAUCAAACAGAGGCAUAUGUUUCUGGAAAAAUUAAACAGGGCUCAGUAUGAUCCUGAAAAACCGUUGUAUGUUCCUCUUCAAGGCCUAGUACUGAAAUCGGAUUCAGACUUUAGUAUGGAGUUUGCCAAGGUGCCGGUAGAAACUUUCAACAAGUUUUUGAAAACCUUGUAAUUAUGAAAAAUAGUAAAUGAGAAUGAUGAUGCAAAUGUAUCAUUGAAGUUUGAUGGAUUGUACAUGUUUAUAACAAAUCAAUAAAGUUUUAAUAGCAUAAGUAAGAAAAACAACGUCAGUACAACGUUUUUACCGUAAAUAUUUAUUCAUUUAUAUUUAUCGCACUACAGGUAUGUAGUAUGCCCUCAUAAUCAUUACAUUAUAUAAACUGCGGGUUUUCUUAUUCUAUUCUCACCGUCGGGUGUAAUAUAUAAAUAAGAAAUUGUACAAAUUUAUUAUUAUCAUCUUUUUUUCUGUAUUAUCCGACAAUUAAAUCAAAAUUUAGGUUACAUAAUGAUAAAUCUCGUUUCAAAGAAUUCCUGGCGACACGCGGUUUGUUUUUAUACUAAUUUGAUUCGCUUCUUGCUGUGCAAGUUUUUUUACAUUUUUAUUUUUAUUUUUGACCGUUGCUUUUUUAAGGGUCGUCAGUGAAUGAAAUAUUUCUUUAAAUAAUUAUCAAUAAAUAUCGAUAAUAAUAAUGUACAUUUAUACUCUCAUUAUUAUUAUUAUGAAAUACUCAUUGGCAUUUUUUCUUCUCCUAUUCUCAAACUCACAAGUAACGAUUUAAAUAAAAUAAUUAUGCGUUUAUCACUUGAUGUUCUGUUUCUUGAAAUUAUUAUUUUUAUAUUUAUAAUUGUUUUCACGUUCUUCGUCUGUACAUUUAGAAUAUAGUAUAUUAUUCUGCAUUAAUAC